GGGCAAAACUUCUUGCUCCACAGGGCAGCUCCUGAGCAAGGAGUUCUUCCAGAUUAAUAAGCUGUGGCAAGUGCCUGCCCUCAAGGCUGGUGACUUCAUCUUGACUGAAAGCUCCACCAUCCUGAUCUACCUGAGCUCUAAGUACCAGACGGCGGACCACUGGUACCCAUCUGACCUUUGGGCCCGUGCUCGGGUCCACGAGUACCUGGGCUGGCAUGCUGACUCCAUCCGUGGCGUCUUUGGCGUGCCCUUGUGGACCAAGGUGUUGGCACCACUCAUCGGGGUCCACGUGCCUGAGGAGAAGGUGGAGCGGAACAGGACCACCAUGGCCCGGAUGCUGCAGCAGCUGGAGGACAAGUUCCUGGAGGACCGGGCCUUCCUCACAGGCCAGCAGGUGUCGCUGGCCGACCUCAUGGCGCUGGAGGAGCUGCUGCAGCCUGUGGCUGUCGGCUAUGACCUGUUUGAGGGACGGCCGAGACUGGCAGCAUGGCGUGAGCGAGUGGAGGCUUUCCUGGGUUCUGAUCUGUUCCAGGAGACCCACAGUCCCAUCCUGAACAUCCUGGAGCAGAUGGUCAACAAACAAAUCCCGAAGCCUCCCCCAGAAGUCCAUCCUUUUAUGCUGCUUCGUAUUUCCAACAUUCCCUGAGGAGUCUGGAAGGGGGGCUGAGGGUUGGCAGCCAGAAGAUUAGCAAUAAAGAUCCAUUCUUCGUUUCUGA